AUGAUACCUCUUACAAUAAGAUCGAGAAUAUUGGCCAACAAGGCAUUACUAUGUAAAUUACCAAAGCAGCAGACAUUCAUGCUGUCGAAAUUAUACACAACUGACAGCGGCAGCAAAGAUGAAUUGACGCAUGACGACCAACAACCGCACCAUCACGAGGAAACCAAAAAGAAGGAGGACUUGGAGGUUUGGGAAUUAGAGUCUUCCAAAGACAGACCAACUACAUCUCGAGUCGUUCAACGACAUGCCAGUGAGAGUAAAGCCGUUUUAGAGUUCUCACAGCUUCUGGACGAUAUACUCAGCUAUAACACGAAGAGGUCCGAGGGUCCUGCUAAGAAAGCAACACCAUCACCACCACCAUCAUUAUCAGAUGAAGCCAUUUCAAUGCGUAUCCUGGAAUUGUUCGAAAAACAGAAAACCGUCCAUAAGAAACGGAAGCCCUUGCCACAGAGUGCUGUUGGACCCAUGUACGGCGGCAUAGCUCAAUCAUCCUUAUUUAACAGACAGGAACCAGAGGAUCCAGAAGACGAUCCAUUACUCGAGCAUUUAUCGCCAAUGAGUCAAGAAUACAACUGGGAUCAGACCAUCGUCUCCAAAAACCAACACAUUACAGCGAAACAGGAGGAAAUGGAAGCAACACAAGCAAUUGUAGAAGCACCCUCCACAUUAGACCUCUGGCAUCACAUUGAAACCGAGAUCAAUCGAGAAAACUAUCCCAACUACUAUCCCACUGUGCUGACCAAGGCCAUUGAACAUGCCUCCAAGACAGACCCCUACAUGGCAUUGACCAUUUUUGAAAAAGCAAAGCAAAAGAGCGUUGUGAGCUACAUUUCUGGAUGUACAGUGCAAGUGUACAAUGCCAUGCUACUGCUUCGUUGGGAAGUAUGGCGUGAUAUCAAUGGCAUGUUGGAUUUGGCAGAGGAAAUGACGGUUAAUGGCAUUGAGUUUGAUAAUCAGUCAAGAAGAAUAAUUCGCACUGCCGUGCUUGAAGUUGAAUCUGAAGGUGGUGGUGAUGGCGGCUAUUUAGAUCCACAAGAGGAUGCCAAUGACGGUGUGUUUUGGAAUGCGGAUGAAAAACGAAACUGCAAUUUAUUGAAGGAAUUAGCUGGCAAAUGGAUGAUUUCAGAAUAG